CCCUUCUUCACCCCUCCUGUUUUAUUACCAUUCAAGUUCCGCGACUGUACAGGCCAGCCUUUCCUCUCGCCGCCAUCAGCAGCAAAAGUCCAAUUUGAUGCGCCACAAUGGGUGAGGCGGACAAGUACCUGCAGGGCGAUCCCCAGCAGCAGCAGCAGCAACAACAGCAGCAACAUCCGCAGUACCAGGAUCAAGGCCAGAAUCAAUAUCAGAACCAGGGAUACAACAAUAACAACAACAAUAACGCCGCCUAUAAUCCAGCAUACAACAGCAACCAGCAGCCUGCCAACGGCUACCAAGAUCAUCCGUAUGGACCGCCUCCGCCUUACAGCUUCAAUCCUCCACAAGUCCACGACGAGAAAUACUCGUUCAACGACGCCUUUAAGCUUGAAAAGCCAAAGUACAAUGAUUGGUGGGCAGGACUUCUUUUCAUCCUUGCUUUCGCAGGAUAUGUGGCCAUCUCGGGUCUCGCGAUUCACGGCUACACAAAGGGCUUCAAUGGCCACGGCAUCUACGAUGAUAUAAACAGUUUUUCGUUGAAUAGCAAUACCAUUAUACUAUUCGCCUUUUGCUUGGUCAUCGCCUUCGUCUUCUCGUACGGAUACGUCUGGCUGGCGCGCCUCUUCCCUAAAGCAUUCAUCUGGAUCACUGGCAUCCUCAAUCUUGCAUGGGCACUCGGUACAGCCAUAUACUAUUUGAUUAGGGGAUACUGGUCUGCGGGUAUAGUGUUCCUCAUCUUUGCAGUCUUCCUCAUAUUCGCUUUCUGGACCUGGAUUGGCCGGAUUCCCUUCUCAGCCCUAAUGCUCAAGACGAGUAUUGACGUAAGUAAGAAAUACGGCCAUGUCUACCUUGUCAGUCUUAUCGGAGGUCUCUUCGCCACAGCAUUGGCUGCUUGGUUUUCGGUUACGCUUGUUGCAAUUUACGUCUCUUACGAACCCUCGCCCGACAACCCACGAUGCUCUGUCUCGGGAAACAACUGUAGCCAUGGAAAGGUGAUUGGCCUGGUCGUCUAUGUGACAUUCGCCAUGUUCUGGAUCUCCGAGUGGUUAAAGAGUACCAUCCAUACCAUCAUCGCUGGUGUUUAUGGAUCUUGGUAUUUCUCUCCUCAUAACUUUCCCAAGAAAGCGACACGCGGUGCUGCCAAAAGAGCGCUCACCUACAGCUUUGGCUCCAUCUGCUUUGGCAGUCUCAUAGUAGCCUUUAUCCAGUUUCUGAAGCAAUUAUGCAGUGUUGCUCGAUCUCAGGGUGCUAAGGAGGGCGGUGUUGGCGGCUGGGCUGCCUAUGCUAUUUUCUGCGUCCUGAGCUGCAUAUUAGCCAUCAUCGAAUGGGCUGUGCAAUUUGUCAAUCGAUACGCAUUUUGUCACAUUGCCCUCUAUGGCAAAGCUUACAUUGCGUCAGCCAAGGACACCUGGAGAAUGAUUAAGGAUCGCGGCAUUGAUGCUCUAGUCAACGACUGUCUUGUCGGCCCGGUUCUCUCUUUCGGCGCCAUCUUCAUCGGCUAUGCGUGCGCCCUCUUUGCCUAUUUGUACCUCCUCGAGACCGACCCCCCAUAUAAUAGCAAUGGAGGCUUCACUGCCGUUGUUAUGGCCUACGCGUUCUUGAUUGGCUUCCAGAUCGGGCACGUCUUCACGACCCCUCUUGGCAGUGGUAUUGACACCAUCUUUGUUGCCGCGGGCUGGGAUCCUCAGGUCAUGAUAAGAGACCACCCCGAGCUAUAUCAAGAGAUGGUCAGGGUCUAUCCAAGGGUUCAGCAAGCUAUUCAUUGAUUCGAGACAUUGGACUGGUGAUCGGUCAUAACUUUUCACAACAUAUAUAGUUUUAAUCAUGUCAAUCGGAUGGCAUAUUUUCACUUCGCUCAGCUAGUCUGCCUAGCACAAAACAUUUAUAAUAGAACAUCACUAUCACGCACACGUAGUGAGC